GCAGCGCAGCGCCGGUAUAUUCCCGCACUGCUCCACUAAAUCAUUCUUCGUUUUCGUGCCGAAUUGUCACGUCGUGUUUUUCGUCAUCGAGUGCUCAGCGGCCAUAUUUUCAGUUUUUAUUCAAGUUUUUGUUAAAUAUUUUGGUUUAAACUUGUUGUAAGCGCAGUUUUAGUAUGUCGGACAAUCGUAAAGGGCAGAUUUCGUUGUCAGAUAGUGAUAGUGAAGAUUAUCUCCAGUGGAAAAUUUCCAGGCUAAAACGGCGGUUAGCAGCUAGGAAGAGAAAGAGACAACGCUCUCCGUCUUCCUCUGAUUCCGAUCAAUCAUCGUAUCGAGAGCGUCAGCGGCGCAGGAGUUCGUCGCACCGACACUCGCGCAAUCGUCGGCUUCGUACGAGGUCACCGGACCCUUCUCCAAUUUCUGUUGAAGGGAGACACUUGGGUGAAGGCGCCGAUGACUGCGAUGGAGAUGAGGACGAUAUUCCUUUAGCGGUUCUGGCCCAAAGGCCCACCGCCGCCACCGACAGGGAUGGCGGGAAUGAAAGAGGUAAAUAAUUUAAAUAAAAACAAUUAAAUUUUUUAUUAUGGGAUGGUGUAGGAGUUCGGUUAUGAUGCUAGGUUAUGGUACCUAACAGAAUCUACCGACCUUAAGGAGAUAUAAUCUGCUUAUGGCAGCAGUUUAUUAUGUAGUCCUGCUUAUGGUAGCAGAUGUAAAAUAUUAUGGUGUAUUUUACAUAAUGACUCGAUUCCUGACAAUGCAGUUGAUUAUGUAGUCCUGCUUAUGGUAGCAGAUGUGAAAUAUUAUGGUGUAUUUUACAUAUUGACUCAAUUCCUGCCAACGCAGUCCUGCUUAUGGUAGCAGAUGGCAGAUGUAAAAUAUUAUGGUGUUUU